UUGUGUGGCGAAGAAAGAGAUAGCCCUCUGAAGAAUCUUCUCCUUCAUCUCCACACAAAAUCUCCCUCUCUUUCAAUUCAACUCAGCAUUUCCACAUUUCAUCGGAGUACCUUCAUCUCUGCAGCCAUGGCGAACAUGAUCAUGGCCUCCUCAAAACCCUUAAUCCGACUCACAUCCUCCCCUGUUCCUCCCAAACCCAGACUCCAAAUUCCCCAACUCUCCCUCCCCAAAUUCUCUUCCUCCAAGUUGUUGCAAAAAUCACAGCAAAUCAUCUCCCUCUCUUCCUCCACUUUGAAAUCCCUCUCCCUCUUCGCCGCCACCGCUUUGUCUUACAUCCCGCCGUCUCUCGCUGAAGAAAUCGUGGAGGAAAAGGAAAAGGCGGAACUUUUCGACUUCAACCUGACCCUCCCAAUCAUGAUGGCCCAAUUCUUGAUUCUCAUGUUCGCUCUCGACAAGAUCUACUUCACCCCACUUGGGAAGUUCAUGGACGAGAGAGACGCGGCUAUAAAGGAGAAGCUGUCGAGUGUGAAGGACACCUCUGGGGAGGUGAAGCAGCUGGAGGAGCAGGCUGCGGCAGUGAUGAAGGCGGCCAGAGCAGAGAUUGCGGCUGCUUUGAACAAGAUGCAGAAGGAGACCCAAGCAGAAGUGGAGCAGAUGCUGGAGGAGGGAAGGAAGAAAGUGGAGGCAGAGUUGGCAGAGGCUUUGACCAAUCUGGAGAGGCAGAAGUUGGAGACUAUAAAAUCUCUGGACGCCCAGGCUCAAGAACUCGGCCGGGAAAUUGUGAAGAAGGUGCUCCCCGUUGAACCCAAAACCAUAUAAAAUCAAAAUUUUCCUUCCCUUAGUUUAAUCAUGUCAAUAUAUUUUUGAAGUACAUUGAUCAUAGAUGUCUGUAAUGAAACAAAUCGAUGUAUGUUGUUGGUUUUGUUAAUGGGUUUGAACCUCUGAAUUCUUCUUC